AUGAGGGCCAUGUUCAACGACGAUAACGUCAAAGGCUCUUUCUUCCUGGCGACGUUGCCCGACACCAUGGACAACGUCAUCGACAACCUGGCCACCCGCCAGCUCACUGCCUUCCAGGACAUAGAGCCCAAGAUCCUGGAUAUCAGCGAAAAACACUCACUGGACACCACUGAUUCGUCGAGUGCCUACGCUGCCCGCCAGACAGCUACGCGACAACAAAACGCGCGGUCUAGCCAGAGGCCCUUUCCUGCCGCCAAUGAAUGUACUUGGUGCCGAAAACACAACCUAACGUUCAUCGGCCACGUCUACACUAACUGCAACGAGCUUCGCAAACACAAGGAGCAGCAGAAGAAGACGCCAUCCAAAGGCAAGGACGCUACUAGCAAACGUGACAAGCGACAGAAAGGUAACUCCGCCGAAGUCGUCGACAAUGAGGCAGACGACGAUGACGACGACGACGACGACUCCACCACGGAAGUCAACGGAUUCGCUGCCAACGUCGUUGACCUCACCACUCCACCGUCGACGCCAACGGCUUCCCCACCACGAAUCAACGCCAAUGGGAAACGCGCCCAUGAACCAGUAAGUGCAUACGCCUCUACACUCCGUCAGCCAAGCGCAGGUGCAGAGACCGAUCCAACCGCUUCUUGGCUAUUUGAUAUAGGCGCUUCACGCCAUAUGUCUGGUUUUAUCAAUGACUUCACUACGCUCUCACCAGGGCGUGGGACAAUCACGAUAGCCGGCGGCAUCAAGUUACCCAUUGAAGGCGUAGGGAUGGUUAGACUGCGCUGCCGACUACCUGACGGCUUGACAAACAUCGCCGAACUGACCAACGCCCUCUACUCUAGUGAACUUCACCAUACACGCCUGUUCUCGUGGGCAUACAUCCGAAAUCGAUACGAGCUCGCCGGCUUGAAGAAUGACGUGUACCUCACACGACAAGGUAAAACUACUUUGUGGGCGCGUCACGUCAACGGUACCAUACAGAUCCAGACUGAGGACUCGCCGCCGCCAUCGAGUCACUCGAAAUCGACACUGGCGAUUCCUGUAGGCCUUGCCGGUCUGCCAAACUGUUAA